AGGAGAUGGCAUCUUAAAUCAGACCACCCUGUUGAAUACACCUGUCUGAAUGCUCUUCGGGAACAAGGAGACCGUGGCAGGAUCAUCAGGCUGGUUGUGGCGUCGCCCCAGUCCCAUCUCACUGAGGAACAGAGGAGUGCACCGAGAAACGCACAGUGAUGGAGGUGCCACUGGUGAACUUUGAGAACAUGGAUGAUAUCGGCAUCAACAUGGGCGACCCCAGUGACUCGGGGUACCCCACUUCGCCCACCUCAGAGGCGGUGCCUGAUCAAAACCUAGUCACCAAUCGUGUGACGUCACAAAAUUCGGCACAGCACCAUGGGCACCAGAUCAGGCCUGAGGGGUUUUCUCCCUCUACACCGCCUACACUGACUGCUAAAGGACAAUCUAGAUGCAACAGUCUGCUGUCCAACUUCAAACUCCUGAUGAACAGUGAGGGCUCGCCGAUUGACAGCAUCUUCAAUCAGCUGGUUCAGGAGUGCCGUGACAACGAAGAAGACCUGUUUGGUGAGAAGCUGGAAGUGAAGGACGGGAAUCAGAAAGUGGUCAUCAAUAUUUCAGGCAUGAUGUUCGAGACACAACUCAAAACACUAUCACAGUUUCCAGACACCCUGCUAGGAGACCCCGCGAAAAGGAUGUACUACUUCGACCCCAUGAAGAAUGAGUACUUUUUCGACAGGAAUCGUCCAAGCUUCGAUGGGAUCUUGUACUUCUAUCAGUCUGGGGGCAAAAUUCGAAGACCGGUCAACGUCCCCUUAGAGAUUUUUGCAAAAGAGAUUGUUUUCUACAAAUUAGGAAAAGAAGCUAUGGAACAGUUCCGUGAAAUUGAGGGGUUCAUAACAGAACCCGAGCCGCUGUUGCCCACCAACGAGGUCCAUAAGCAGUUUUGGCUCCUUUUUGAGUAUCCAGAGAGUUCCAGUGCAGCUCGGUCAGUGGCCCUGGUGUCUGUCUUUGUCAUUGUCAUCUCCAUCUUCAUUUUCUGCCUGGAAACUCUUCCAGAGUUCCGUGAUGACGUAGACUUUAUCACCACCUUUUCCCUGGGUCUCAAUGGAACUCAGGAAGGACCUGCUUCAGUACAAAACAACUUAUUUACCUAUUUCACAGACCCCUUUUUCAUUGUGGAAACUAUCUGCAUAGUUUGGUUCUGCUUUGAGCUUGGUGUACGCUUUGUAGUCUGCCCGAGCAAAAGUGACUUCUUCCACGACAUUAUGAACACCAUUGACAUUGUCUCUAUAAUCCCCUAUUUUGUAACCAUGGUGACAGAGCUGUGGACCACGCCAGAUACAGACAUCAACUCCAGCCAGAACAUGUCACUGGCCAUCUUACGCAUCAUCCGACUAGUGCGAGUCUUCCGAAUCUUCAAGCUCUCACGGCACUCCAAGGGGCUUCAGAUCCUGGGCCAAACCCUGAAAGCUAGUAUGAGGGAGCUCGGUCUGCUGAUCUUCUUCCUCUUCAUUGGAGUCAUACUCUUCUCCAGUGCCAUCUACUUUGCUGAGGUGGACGAGCCCCAAACACAGUUUGUUAGUAUCCCUGACGGGUUCUGGUGGGCUGUGGUGACAAUGACCACUGUGGGAUACGGGGACAUGUGUCCUACUACUCUGGGAGGCAAAAUGGUGGGGACUCUUUGCGCCAUUGCCGGCGUGUUGACCAUCGCCUUACCCGUCCCUGUUAUCGUCUCCAACUUUAACUAUUUCUAUCACCGGGAGACAGAGCAAGCAGAGAAACAAGUGAUUGAUGAUGCGACAGAGGCGGCUCAGAAAGUAUCUGACGCAAACAGAUAUGAGUAUGUUAGUGCAACCUCUCCUAGCAUGAGCAAAAUCAAUGGUAGAGUGCAGGAUGACAGGAAUGACAUGUAAUCUGUUUAUCAUUGAAGUUAUUAUAACCAAGGGUAUGACAAACUAAGAAAUCAAACAUAUCUAAAUACUAAAAUGCACUGAUUUAAUUGUUGUUUCUGUAUUUUAUAUUCCAUUCAUAGCAGCGUUUGUGCACAUGGUAUAGUAUUCAUCUCUCACAAUAUUCAAAAUAAGAAGCUAAUAUUAGUUAUCAGCCUGACUGAUCUGCAUGUGGAUGUGUCAAAAUGCAAUUAAGAUUAUGUAUAAACAGUUACAGCAAAAAAAACAUUUACAGUUUGAACUGGACAGAUCUUGAGUGUAUGUGGCAUACAAAUCCUGCAGUUGUAUUUGGCAUGGCAUGAUGAUACCUUAGCAUCAGGCAAUUGUGUUCAUUCAAUUGUUUUCAUGAAAAAUAUAAAUUACACUGUGAACUACAUUUCAUUUUCAAAAGACAUGAGCAAGAAAAACACCCUUGGAUCAGGGCUUAUGUUACACCACAUGUUCAUGGUAUACUUUCAUGGCAUACACCAGUAAGUGCAAAACAUGCUGUCGGCAACUCUAGUUUUUGACACUAUUAUGCUGCGGUAGUUUUAUCCCACUAGCAUUCUAAUAACGCAGUAGUUUUAUCACACAAUCUAUGUAGACACUAACUAGACCCUUUAGGGCAG